GGCUUGCAAUCACUCUAGCUUUUCUCUCAAUACUUUUUAGCUGUGCUAAUAUGAUGCAGUGUUCUAUAUUCACUAAGGUAAACAAAUUGAAUUACCUUUUAAGAUUGAUUUUGAAAUGCAUGCAGGGGGCUGAAGGUAAAAAUCCAUACGAGACUUUACCUAAUCAUGUUAAUACUAAUGGAGAGCAGAUGGCAAUCACUGCUUCAAGUAUGAUCCGUUCUCAUAGUGUUUCUGGUGAUCUGCAAGGUGUUCAGCCCGACCCAAUAGCAGCUGACAUUUUGAGGAAAGAGCCAGAGCAUGAAACUUUUGCUCGAUUGAAAAUUACACCUAUUGAGGAUAAAAAGUGCAGGAACAAAUCCAAUAUUUGAGAUUGGGUCGCUCUAGUUUGAGGGAUCCCAAAUCCACCGGUUAAUAAGAGAGCGAUCCCAUUCAAUUCAAUGUUGAUUGACAUGAAGUUGAAAUUAAAGAGUACUGAAUUCUAGAUCCACUUUCGCAACAGGGGAAACCAUGGUCACUUCACUUGUGCUUGCUGUGACAUCAACCUUUUCAAUUUUGUAAACAAGUAAAUCUUGAAAAUUCAAGGACUUGCUGCAGUCAUUGAUGGAAAGAAACCUGCAACAGUGUCUGGUACCUUGAUCAAUGCAACAGAAUUUGUAUUCAAAGUUUUGAGAAGGUUCGAGAAAGGAUUGAAGAGCAGGACCGGGGGGAGGGGGCUACAACUUUUCCUUUAAGCGGUUUGAAAGGUGAAUUUUUUUUUUCUCUCCUUAACGGCGUCAAAUUUAUUUGAACGGGGACAACAGUUGUAGAAAUUAAAGCCAUAUGUCAAAUUCUGAUUGGGCAACAACAUGUACUGCACCUGCGGUACUGCAUGUAAGUUUUACCCUUUCUUUUUUCUGUACUUUACAAUUCUGUACUUUACAAUAAAAUACACAAUAGUUUGUAAUUUCAUGAUUUAGAGAUAGGUGAAGUUAAGGACGUGGUUGAUAUGCUUUAGAAAUUGUUGA